GGGAUGACAAGUGAGCAAGCGAGGAUGGCUGAAUGAUCACAUAAAGUCUAGACAUGGAUAGGGCCAGAGAUUGCUGAGCGUAUGAUCAUGCGCAUGAGCAGCAGGAUGGCGCCCCCUAUGGAGGGCACGCACACAACCCUGUACCUGCGCUGGCCAAUCAGAGAGCGGAGCCGCAUCAGCCUGUACGCACCCUCUGGGAGGGGGCGGGGUUUCAUCUACAAGGGGAGAGAUCCUCCCCAUGCACCGAGCAAUGAGAGCUGUGAGCAGAGGGGGGAGGGGCCAGCGGCACAGAGAGGCGGGACCUGUGAGACAGCAGCUGUGGUCCGGAGGGGCAACACCACAGUGAUCAACUUCCUGACGACCCAACACCACAGUGACCAGAGGGCUGGGGUUACCAUGGGAAAAAAGGGCGCCGAGUUCCCUGGUCAAAAUGGAAGAAGCAACAGAGAUGCCCUGAGUAGCAGAAGCUCGCAGCGUUCCAUCGUUUGGGCUCUUCAGGCCCCAAAGCACCAGUUUAGGGGCCCUCAGCAGGGGAAACAGUGGGCAGAGAGGACAACGGAAGGGGAGGUGUCCUCGCAAAGAGAGGGAGGAAGCCUGGACAAUGCUGAGAUCUCCCAAACACAACCAGUGAGCUCCUGGCCCACUGCCACCAGCCUGGAGAUGUUGGGCUUUGAGUCUCAACUCUAUGUGCCUGGAAGCGGAAGUGUCUGUAAUGAGCUAUGCACUAGCAGGCAGGGUCACAGCCUUUUGGACACCCGGACCUGUGGGUCCAGUGCAGACCAGAGCGGCGAGCUCUCGGAGUACGACAGCGAGCUCUUCCUGCAGCUCGGGAUGCCUUUCAGCCCCCUGGAGGCUGAUCCGGAGGGGUGCAGUCUGUCAGAACAGCGGGGCAAGGGGGCCGCGGGAGUGAGUGCGGAGGCCAAGCAGCAGGAGCUCCUGAGCACCCCUCGGCUGCAUGCCUCCACGCCGACUGGGUCGCAGAAGGACGAGGGGGAGGAGCCGCUGGCCUGGGAGUGGGAGGAGGCUCUGCCUGCCCUGGGGGAGGCCCUGGCCUGCAGUCUGUACGGAGAGCUGCUGAUGGAGAGCCUGGGGGAAUAUGGGGAGUGGGAGGACGGACACUGGAGCCCUCUGCUGGAGGGGUCCAGCCUUGGCUCGAGCUCGCCGGAUUUGCCCCUCUCGGCCACCGCAGAAUCCCCCGGCCUGCCCACCGACACCCCCUCUGCAUCCCCCCCGCCCCCCAUGCCCACUAGCCUCGGGUGUGGCCAGAGCCGCUCCCCACUCCCUUUCUCCAGCCCUGAUCGGUGGAGGAACGCGUCCCCCUUUUCAGCACCCCUGUGCUCACAGCUAUCCCAACGCGUCCUGCUCCUGCACCCCUCUGAGGAAGAGGAGGAAGAGGAGGUGAGAGAUGGGGGAGCAGCUUCGCCCGCAGAGGGCGCAGGGGAGACAGAGGUACCCAUCAGCAGCAAGAGCAGCAGCGAGCGUGCCAGUCCGACCCUGGGAGCGCCUGUACGGAACAUUUCCUCAUCUGCAAGAGGUAGGUGA